UUUCCAAUUUAAAUGAUGAGUUUUAUGAUAGUUGAGUUGGCCAGGGACUUAAAAUGUCGGUAAUUUAAGUAAUUCAGUGAUAAACAAAUACAGUAUUCCGACAUUAGGGGCUGCAACCAUUAUGCCAAAACAUGGCGUUGAUUCAACUAUACACGCAGUUCAACAAAGUGUGGAUUCCAGAUGCUGAACAUGUGUGGAAAUCAGCAGAAAUUGUGAGAGAUUUCCAUUUUGGAGAUCAUAUUUUACAGCUGCUUCUCGAAAAUGGGACAGAACUCAAGUACCCCGUUGACUCGUCGCCACCAGAGCUCCCUCCUCUUCGCAACCCGGACAUCUUGGUCGGGGAGAACGACCUCACUGCUCUUAGCUACCUCCAUGAACCUGCAGUCCUGCACAACCUCAAAGUGCGCUUCUUGGAGUCCAGAAUCAUCUACACCUACUGUGGCAUCAUCCUGGUGGCUUUCAAUCCCUAUAAGCAGCUUCCUAUCUACGGAGAUGCAAUCAUUCAGGCAUACUCGGGUCAGAACAUGGGCGACAUGGACCCUCAUAUAUUUGCAGUGGCAGAGGAGGCUUACAAACAGAUGGCCAGAGACCACAAGAACCAAUCUAUCAUCAUCAGUGGAGAGUCUGGAGCUGGCAAAACUGUGUCAGCUCGAUAUGCUAUGAGAUACUUUGCCGUUGUCAGUAAAUCUGGCAGUAAAACCCAAAUUGAAGACAAAGUCCUAGCGUCCAAUCCCAUAACAGAGGCCAUUGGGAAUGCAAAGACGAUCAGAAACGAUAACAGCAGCCGUUUUGGGAAAUUCACUGAGAUCAGUUUUGACAACAGAUAUCGGAUUAUUGGUGCAAACAUGAGGACUUACCUGUUAGAGAAAUCCAGAGUUGUUUUCCAGGCUGAGUCUGAGCGGAACUAUCACAUAUUUUACCAAAUGUGCGCCUGUGGACAUCUGCCACAGUUUAAGGAACUCCGAUUGAUGAGUGCAGAUCAGUUCCACUAUACGAGCUUGGGUGGCGAUAUCAUUAUUGAUGGUGUGAAUGACAGGAAAAGCAUGGAGGAGACUCAGCAGACCUUCUCACUGUUGGGACUGAAGGAGGACUUCCAGUCUGAUGUCUUCAAAGUUCUUGCAGCUAUUCUUCAUCUGGGAAAUGUGGAAAUUAAGAGCUCUGGUGAUGAUAGGUCAUCCAUUUCUCACAGCGAUCCACAUCUGCAUAUCUUCUGUGAGUUACUGGGUGUGCGUGCAGACGACUUAGUGCGUUGGCUGUGCAAUCGGAAGCUUCCUCUGGUUAAUGAGAAUGUGGUGAAGCCGUUGCACAAAGAUCGCGCAGUGAAUUCCAGAGAUGCCCUCGCCAAGUGGAUCUAUGCUCAUUUGUUUGACUGCGUCAUUAACAGGAUCAACAAAGCACUCCAGGUCCCUGGGAAGCAACAUGCUUUCAUAGGGGUUCUGGACAUUUAUGGCUUUGAGACAUUUGACAUCAACAGUUUUGAGCAGUUUUGUAUCAAUUAUGCCAAUGAAAAGCUUCAGCAGCAGUUUAACUUGCAUGUGUUCAAACUGGAACAAGAGGAGUACAUGAAAGAAGACAUCCCAUGGACGUUGAUAGAUUUCUAUGACAAUCAGCCAGUCAUUGACUUGAUUGAAGCCAGAAUGGGAAUCCUGGGCUUGCUUGAUGAAGAAUGUUCGUUUCCUCAAGGCACUGAUCAAAGCUGGCUCCAAAAACUCUCCAACUACCUGAACAGCAAUCCUUUGUUUGAGAGGCCCAAGCUGUCAAAUGAGACGUUUGUGAUUCAACACUUUGCAGACAAGGUGGAAUAUCAGUGCAAAGGUUUUCUUGAGAAGAACCGAGAUGCUCUUUACGAAGAACUGGUUGACGUUUUGAGAGUCAGUCAGUUUGCAUUUCUGGCCAAAUGUUUCCAAGAGCAGGGGAAGGAAGGUCUGAACAUGAAAGGUAUCAGAGUGAAGCCGGCCAGGCCCAGUGUGAGACCGGCCAAUAAACAGCUGAGGACCUCAGUUGGAGAUAAGUUCUGCAGCUCUCUCUCUUUGCUUAUGGAGACACUGAAUGCUACAACCCCUCACUAUGUGCGUUGCAUUAAACCAAAUGAUGAAAAGCUGCCAUUUGAAUAUGAUUCCGGGAGGGUGGUGCAGCAGCUGCGGGCCUGUGGAGUGCUUGAAACUAUUCGCAUCAGUGCCCAAAGUUACCCGUCAAGGUGGACCUACUUUGAGUUUUACAGCCGUUACAGUAUCCUAAUGACAAGCGAGGAGGAGGGCAUCAAUGACAAGACACAGAUGUGCAAAUAUGUCCUUCAGAGGUUGAUUGAGGACCCCAACCAAUACAAGUUUGGUCGCACAAAGAUCUUUCUCCGAGCUGGUCAAGUAGCAUACUUAGAGAAGCUGCGCCUGGACCGACUACGAGGAGCUUGCAUAACCAUCCAGAAAUAUGUCCGUGGGUGGAUUCAGAGAAGGAAUUUCCUACGUUUGAGGCAGGCAACCAUCCUGAUACAACACUACAUCCGUGGCAAGAGGACCGUACGUAAAGCAGUGAGCGCAGCAAACCUGAAGCAGGGCUGGUCAGCGGUGGUGAUCCAGAGGUACUGGAGAGGCUUCCGCAUAAAGAAGGUCUACCAAACGGUACGCUUGGCCAUCAUCACCAUCCAAGCUUUCACACGAGGCUGGCUGGCCCGUAAAUCCUAUACCCAGCUAGUGGAAGCACGCAAGGCCAUGGUGCUGCAGAAGUACGCCAGAGCGUGGCUGGCUCGGCGGCGUUUUAUCGCCAUCCGCCGAUUGGUGCAUCAAGUUCAGCUCUCCUUCAGGGUGCAGCAGCUCCGAAAGAAGAAUGAGGAGCAGAGUAAAGACAACCGCGGGUUGGUGGAAAGACUGACGAGUUUGGCCAGCUCCCAUUCUCAAGCUAUGGACAGGCUACAGGCUCUGGAGACACAGCUCGAAAAAUCAGCCAACCAGAAGGCAUCUUUGGAAGCAAGAGAGAAGAAAGUUAAAGAAGAUGCUUUUCUGAAAAUGACUGAGCUUCAAAGUGACGUUGAUGGGUUAAUCAUUAGGAAACAGAACAUGGAGAAAAUGUUUGAAGCUUCCUCCAAAGAACAAAAAGAAAAGUUUGAUCAAAUAAAGAUGAAUCUACUGGAGGAGAAAGAAACUCAAGCAAGGCUUCGAAAAAUCGCUGAGAACAACCUUGGGAUCCAAAGACAGGACCACGAGAAGGAACUGGGAAGGCUGAAAGAGGAGAUCAGGAGGCUGAAGGAUGAGCGAGUCAGCCUGCAAAUGAAGAUGGAGGAUGGCGACCAGAUGGCCGCCGACCUGCAGGAUCAGGUGGCCCAGCUCACCAAGCAUGUCAAGGUCAUUCCAGAGCUCCGCAGGGACCUCAGCAACCUGCAGAAUCAGAAGAAUAACGUAGACCGCAGGAUGAAACAACAGUCUGAAGAAGCAAGAGCUAAACUGCAUGAGAUUUCAAGAUUACUCGCAGGCAGCGUUGUUGAAGAAGAUAUACUUUUGGGGCUAACUGCAGAUUAUUCUGAGAAGACAUAUGAAGCCGAAGACCUUCUGGCAGCCUUUAAUGGUUUAGCGAAAGCUACCAGAACAUUGGAGAACCACCGCAAGGAGCAGAAGGAAAGCUAUGAGACUCAAAUAGAAGGCUUGAGACUGAAAAUGGAUUACCUUCAAAAUGAGAACAGCAGCUUGCAAACUCUUUUCAUUGAGAAAAAUAACAUCAAUGACAAUAUUCGCCAAGAGGUGUGCCGGCUGAGCAGCGAGAACUCGGUCAUACCUCAGCUGAAAGUUCAGAUUUCAGAGCUGCAUAGACAAAAGAACGAGCUUGAGGUUCUUGUAGAAGAGCAAAAAAAAGAGUUAGAAGAAAAAUCAGAUGCAAUUAAAAAUACCCUUCAAAGGAGGAUUGAAGAAGAGAGUUCAAAGUGCAGGCACUUUGAGGAGCAAGUUGAGGGGCUCGAGGAGACAAAGAAGGACCUCCAAGGUAAAAUAAAAGACCUCCAAGUGGAGAAUGAUCACCAGAGCAGGCAACUGCAGAUGGAGAGAGAUGCCAAGAUUCGACUGAGACUAGAAGCGUCCCAGUUAUCCUCUAAAAAUUUGGACUUUGAGGAUCUCCUCGACCAAAAGGAAAGAACCAUUAAACAAUUAGAGAAUCACAUGAUAAGCCUUGAAACAGCACAAAAAGCCCAAAAAACCUCUUCACCUAGUCCCAAACAUUAUCUUGGAAUGUUGGAGUACAAGAAAGAGGAUGAAUCCCGACUCAUCCAAAACCUUAUUGUAGAUCUUAAGCCCAAAGGUGUGGCGGUCAACAUGAUCCCUGUUCUGCCAGCUUACAUCCUCUUCAUGUGCAUACGGCACGCUGACUACAUGAACGACGAAGACAAAGUCCAGUCUUUUAUGAAUGUGACUAUUAGUGCUGUCAAGAAGGUCAGCAUGGCUCACCAGAAUGACUUGGCCUCACUGGUCUUCUGGCUGUCCAACAUGUACCAGCUGCUCAACUGUCUCAAGCAGUACAGUGGAGAGGAGGAAUUCAGGAAACAAAGCACUCCCCGUCAGGUGAACAACUGCUUACAAAACUUUGAUUUGUCAGACCACCAGCAAGUUGUCAGCGACUUGGCUAUCUGCAUCUAUCACCAGUUCAUUGCGGCCAUGGAAAGAGCUCUCACCCCUGCGAUUGUACCUGGUAUGUUGGAGCAUGAGAGUUUACAGGGGAUUUGCAGCAUGAAGCCCAGGGGCUUCAUCAAACGGUCCAGCAACAACAAUUCAGACACGGAGACCUACACCAUCUCCUUCAUUAUUCAGCGGCUCUCUCACUUCCACACAAACAUGAUGCAACACGGCACAGAGCCACACCUCAUUAAACAGGUGGUCAAGCAACUGCUCUUCCACAUUGGCGCGACCACUCUCAACAACCUGCUCCUCCGGAAAGACAUGUGUUCCUGUAGGAAAGGAAUGCAAAUUAGAUGUAACAUCAGCUACCUGGAAGAGUGGCUACAGGAGAAAGACCUCCAGAGUUGUCAUCUGAUAGACACGCUGAAGCCGUUGACUGAGGCUGCCUGGCUGCUACAGGUUAGAAAGUCCACAGAUGACGAUGCCAAGGCGAUCACCGAGAAAUGCACAGAGCUCAACACAGUUCAGAUUGUCAAGAUUCUGAAUUCAUACACACCCACUGAUGGUUUUGAGAAGAGAGUAGCCUCAUCGUUUGUCCGCAAAGUUCAGUCGCUUCGACAAGAUCACGACGGCUCCGCUCAGCUGAUGAUGGAUGCACAUUAUCGUUUCCCGGUUACGUUUCCUUUCUCCCCGUCCUCGCAGGCUCUGGAGUUGCUGCAGGUUCCCAGUAGCCUUCACCUGGAAUUCCUAACCAUGAUCUGACCCAGGGUCAGAGAGUUUGUCCUCUCUCUUCUUAAGCCUAACCUAUAAUCAUGUGGCUAAUGGCUAUAUGUCAUCCAUUUGUAUAUAUAUAAAAAAAAUAUAUAUAUAUAUACACUUAAUAACAAAAUGUUAUGGAUACAGUAUUGGGUUUUCGGGUGCAAUUUCAGGAUGAACCUAAAAUGCUCCAUACCUUUACAGGUGAACUUAAUAUGACCUUCUCUCAACCUUUGAAUGCACAAGUCCAACUGUUCAGUGUUUCUAUAAUUGUUUGCACAACCUUAACUAACAGGGAGCUACCGUGCCGUGAAAAAGUAUUGGCCCCCUUCUCAAAUUCUCAUAUUUUUGCAUAGUUUCCCCAGUUUGCAUAGAAACAAAAUAUUCAGUUACCUGGUCCUGUGUGAAAAAGUAAUGGCCCCCUCAACCUAAUAACUAGUUGGGCCAACCUCAGCAGCAACAACUGAAAUCAAGCACUUUCUAUAACUGGCAAUGAGUCUUUCAAAUCUCUGUGGAGAUAUUUUGGCCCACUCUUCCUCGCAGAAUUGUUUGAGUUCAGCAAAAAUGGAGGUUUUUCCAUCAUUAACGGCCUUUUUAAGGUCAUGCCACUGCAUUUCAAUCGGAUUCAAGUCUGGACUUUGACUAGGCCACUCCAAAACCUUCAUUUUGUUUUUAAACCAUUCAGAAGUUGACUUGCUGAUGUGUUUUGGAUUGUUAUCCUGCUUCAGAACCCAAGUAUGCUUCAGCUUGAGGUCACAAACUGAUGGCUGAACAUUCGCCUUAAGGAUUUGAUGUUAAAGAGCAGAAUUCAUGGUUCCAUCAGUCACAGCAUGUUGUCCAGGCCCUGAAGGGGAAAAGCAGCCCAAGACCAUCACACUGCCACCACCAUGUUUGACUGUUGGUAUGAUGUUAUUUUUCUGAAAUGCUGUGCUACAUUUAUACUAAAUGUAACAAGACACACACUUUCCAAAAGAUCCACUUUCAUCUCGUCAGUCCAUAUAAUACUCUCCCAAAAGUCUUGGGAAUGAUUCAGAUGUUGUUUUUUUUUUUUUUUUUUGCAAAAGUAACACCAGCCUUUAUGUUCUUUUUUGUCAGGAGCUGUUUUCUUGAUUGAACAGGUAUCAGUAAUCAGUAAUCAGGCUUGGGGGUGAUCAGUGCAAAUUAGCCAAAAAUUGCGAUUAGCCACAAUUAAUUCAUGAUUUAACAAGGGGUGUAACUAAUACCUUGCACAGGGCCAGGUAACUUUCAAUAGUUUUUUUUUUCUUCUUAAUAAAUGAAAUCACCAUUUAAAAACAGUGUUUUAAGUUCACUUGGGUUAUAUUGGUCUGAUAUUGACGUUUGUUAAAAGCUCUUCAAAAUUAAAGUGGGGAAGCAAUGCAAAAAUAUAAGAAUUUGAGAAGUGCGGCAAUACUUUGUCACGGCACUGUAAAUGGCAAAAUUCAAAACAGGAGUUUGAUCCAUGAAUUUCCAAGGACAUUCACUUCUUUGUCUUUAUGUGACUCUUCCAGUCUCUCUGUUGCAACCUGGUGACACUCUAAGCUCCGUGGCCAUUUUGAUUUGAGAAUAUCCUGUUUAAAGCCUCGCACAUGGUGAGGUAUUGUUUUUUUUUUUUGGUUUUUUUUGAAAAUUGUGCAACAAGAUGCAGAGUCCUCUAGCACUUAGAGCAGUUUGAAUGACUAAUAUAGCAAUACAAGACAAAAAAAAAAAAUUGGCAGCAUGUUGCAAUGGAAUUGUAAUAGUUGGACAUGUGCAUUCAAAAGUGUAGAGAAGGUCACAAUAAAUUCACCUGUGCAAAUUAUAGUGUAUUUUAGGUUUAUCAUGACAUUUCCCCAAAGCUGAAUAUCCCGAACUUUUUCUGAGUAGUGUAUGCACUAAAACCUUUACAUUCAACAAUAUAGUGUUGACAAUUUCUUUAAAGAUCCUGCAAAGUGAAGUCACAGGUUUAUUUCUAAAUGUUUAAAUAUAACUGCUGCAAUUUGCAAAGACUGAGAACUACUUAGCACUGUAUUUAAUAGAGAUAUAGAGUCCCCCCUCUCCCCCACUAUAUACUGUAAGAGCUUGAGCACCUACGAUGGCAUCAGUGAUUAUCCAGCGCAAUUGUAAGUUACUUAGUUGUUAUUACUAGGACCAUUUCUACCACUACAGCGUUCCGUUUGUUAGCUAGCUAGCCGUGCCGAGCUAUGCCUACACCCCAAAAAUGCAUCUUCCCUGGUUGCCACAACUUAGAGAAGAUCUCUGUGUCAUUAUUUAAAUUCCCACAUGUGUAGCCAUAAGAAUUCCCACAUGUGUAGCCAUAAGAAUGUUACUCGACGAAGUCGCAUCCUUUUUUUCAUCGGGGUAUGAUUUCACUCAUUUGGUGGUUUUUCAUGAUGUUGAAGCCUCACUUCAUAUACUUGGCGAUUUCGUUCCUCAUUCAAAUUUUUGAGGGUUGUUGACAACACUGGUGUGUUGGAAUUACAUGUAUUUUCUCUUUACAGGGACUUUAAAUGGUCAUAGCAAGAGUUUAACAAUACCUAGCUAGAUCGUUAUGACCAUGCAUAAAAAUGAUCACAUUUCUAAUUAGUUUUUACAGGACAAGGUCUUACAGUAGUUGUGUAUAAAUGAAAAGUGUCUGCAAGUGUUCUAAUGUAUGUUCUCCUCCAAUUGUGUCUGGCUUACUCUGCUUUCCUUCCACACAAAAGAUGCUUCUUGGGUUAAUUGACUUGAUUGCCCAUCGGUGUGAAUGUGACUGGGUGUUUGCCUAUGUGUGCUUGGCGAGUGACUGGCAACCAGUCCAGGGUAUACUUCAGCUCUCGCCCUAACUCAGCUGGGCUAGACUGCAGUUAUCUCCAGUUAUAAGGACAAGUGGUGGAAGGAUGGAUGGUUUCAACAUCUCAACUGUGGCGAUGUGAUGUUUCAAUCUUUUACGUUUUGGAUUUUGGGGUGAAAAAAACCAACAAAAACAUCUGAAGACUUUAGCUUCAGUAAUAAGAAGGUGAGCGUGACCUUUUUCUGUGUUUGUUUCUUGACUUUUUAGGAUGCAAAUGGAAAAGAAAAAUAUCACAAUAGCUAAUGCAAUAGUUUGUCAUGAUGUAAAUAGUUGCACCUCUAUUUAUCACUGCUUUUUUUCCUUAUUAAAAAACACAUUACAAAGA